UCAUUCUGUGCAUUCAUCGUGUGGAGGUGCUCGUGGUGGCGGCGCGGCUGGGCGGUACGAGUGUGCGAUACAUGCAGCACUUGUACCCGCCGUGAGUUACAGCGGCGUGAGGAGGGAGAGGAGGGAGAGUUGCGGGUUUUAGUUAUACGUCACGCCCUCCUCCAUGACACUACCGUGAAGUGAGGAACCAGGUAGAGGGAAAGACAUAAAAUUUCCUCCGUCGCUCCCUCCUUCAGGAAAUAUAGACGUAAAGGGAGGAACCGGGAGAAGGAAAGACGCAGGUCCUGUCACAUUCUUCACUAGCAAGCACCGCGAAGCGAGGACCAGUGAGUGGGAGGCACACUUCCUCCGUCGCGCCUUCUUCAGGAAUCAACGACGUGAAGGAAGAGGGAGAGAGGAAAGCGCAGAGUUUCCAUCGCGUGCUCCAUCAAGAAGCGCCGUAGAGCGAGGAACAAGGAGAGAAAGACACAGAUUUUCCUUCGUCGCGCCUUCCUUCAGGACACAACAGGAAACGAGGACCAGGGAGAGAAAGAGAGGACCAAAUUCUCUUCCAUCAUGGUUCCCCGAGUCAUCUGGGCGAGGUCGUGGGGUCGAACUGCAGCCGUGUGUUGGAGGAGGACUGUGGUGAGGACCGUGGUGGUGAUGGUGGUGGUGCAGGUGUUUGUGGCAACCUGCGUCGUGUCUUUGUGGCAGCUGCAGAAGGAAGAGCAAGCGAAGAGAACACAUGAGUGGCUCAAGCAGCAGCAGGAGGUGCCGCAGAGGAUCGGCAAAUACAUGUUACUGUUUAAAUCCCGUUUUGCGCCGCCUCCUGAAGCCACCGCUGCCCCCACGCUAGUACGACCCCAGCUGAAGGAUGACCGCACCUCUCUCCCGGAGCUACGUCAAGAGGACAAGAUGUCGUCUAGAGUGAAGAGUGUGAUGUCUGAUUAUGGUGGACAGGUGAACAGGCCCGACUCUCUACCUGUCUGGAGCGGUGAUGGUGAUGGUGGUGGUGAUGGUGGUGGUUUGAGGAGUGCUGAUGAAGUUCAGAGGUAUAAAGCGAAGGAAGAUGAGGAGGAGGAAGGAGACCCUAACGUAGCUCGUGGCUUCGUGGAUGAGUUUGUGACGUAUCGAAGUGAUGGUAAUUCUUUCUUGAUGGUGGACGGCGACUACAACAACGCCAAGACGACCAAGAUCACGCCCUCGCAUAGCCACGACAAUGCAGUAACAAUGAAUGAAGUGUCGGUGAAGAGGUCACACUACGACGGGAAAGCCAAGUUCCACUCUGUCUUGAACACCGACGGGAGUGAGGAAGACGAUACGGGUGAAACGGGCGACUACAGAUUUAAGUCGUACGAUCCAACCCGCCCCUUAAAGAUGAAGUUAAAGGACGACCACGGCGUGUAUUUCCAAGAUGUUGGCAGCGCUACAUGCUUCAUCAUCGGCACGGACAUCGACGGUAGCAAGCGUAUCGGCGGUAGCGAAUGUCGAUGUUUGGACGGCUAUUUCGGCGUGGACUGCGGCAUUCCGGAGGCGGUGUGGUUCGACACUUAUCGCAACAAAUAUCCGGAGACUCGCCUGAGAAGGAGGAAGGUGCCUCGGAGAGUCAUCAACGGGGUGACGGUGAACCACGAGUUUGCGAUGUUCGAAGCGAGACUGCACGAGCUGUACCCGGUGGUGGACGUCUUCAUACUGGCGGAGUCCAACUACACUGCUCACGGCGACCCCAAGGAGUUCGUGUUUCUGAAGAAGCUACGAAGAGGAUACAUGAAGGAUUUCCAGGACAAGUUACUGUAUGUGAGUCUUGAUACUUUCCCGAAGACAUCGGAAACUAGCGGGUGGGUGGCGGACGCCUACCUCAGGUACCAUCUCGGCAUCAACGGCCUGCCGCUCCUCAAGGGCUUGCGGGAAGAUGACCUGUUCGUGCUCUCCGACGCAGACGAGCUGCCAAUGCGGGAAGUUAUCACUUUCCUGAAGCUGUAUGAUGGCUACUCAGAACCCGUUAGCUUUGCCCUUCAGUGGAACAUGUUCGGGUUCUUCUGGAAGAAGUCCGCGAAGGAUAACUGGAGCAAAUGGGUGUCUGGGGCAGAGGAGAACCCCAGUAUCGUCAGCUCCGUGGCUACAUUGGGUAUGCUGAAGAAGGUGCUGUUCAAUAACGUGUUCUUCAUCCGCACCAAUGUCUUCUGGCGAUACUACGAGGUGUUCAAGAGACUCAAGAAGUACCGUGACGAGCAGGGCCACCUGGUGAAGGAGUGGGUGAUAGGCAAGGCGGGGCACUACGCUGGCUGGCACUGUUCUUGGUGCUUCAGCCCAGUUGAUAUCGUGCUCAAGAUGGACUCCGCGCAGGCCAACGAUGAGCCUCGGUGGGGCAACAUGCCGGAUAAAAAGAACCUCACCUACAUCGCCUCCAGGAUCGCAGAGGGCGUAUGGUUUGAUGACAAAGAACACUUCCUGCCAGUGAGCAACACCAGGCAGAAGCACUACGCCCCUGGCUACCUGCUGCAGCAUCCGGCCCUCUACCGCUCUCUCCUCUACCACCCCAGCCACGCCCUCAACCUGGACCAGCCGAGGGCGCCGCCGUAGUACCACAGCCGGGGACACUACACACCAACAUCACCAAUAAAUAACUUAGCGCCGUAAAAACGAUCUUCCGCUGCAGCCAGUGAGUUAACGCAGCGCGAGGGAGACUGAUGUUCGUCUUCCCUGUGUAGUGUUCAUCAUGAAGGAGAAACUUGUGUAUUUAUUGGCGAACUGAUUCCCAGCGACAUGGAAAUUCCUUCUUCGUUCAGAUAAGUUCUCGUGUGUGUGUGUGUGUGUGUGUGUGUGUGUGUGUGUGUGUGUGUGUGUGUGUGUCAGUCUCAUUGUGCCCCCCGUGUCCGGAAAAUUUCAAUUUAAUAGAUUUCAAUGGAUGUCUCAAUGACUUUGGAAAGGGUGGAAAUAAGCAAGGUCAUAAUUUAAUGCAUUUUGAGAUAGAUCAAGGAUUGGUGGAGGCGUGUGUGUGUGUAGAUCAGGGAUUGGUGGAGGCAUGUGUGUGUGUGUACGAAUGUCUUACAAUUGCCUACUGGUGCAUCAAGAUGUUGUGACAGGCCCGUGUUCUCAAACUGUUCAUGGAUUCACAGGGUUAUUAAAAAAAAAAAAAAAAAAAAAAAAA